UUAAACACGAAACAAAUCAAAUCGGCUCCAGUGGCAAGGGGUCCGGCCCGAUUUACCCUAAAACGGCUCUUCCUCGACCGAGCUCGGCCGCCGAGAUCUUCAGCCGCCGAAUAGCUCUUCCGCUGUCCACCAGCCAUUCCACCAAUAAGAAUAAGCUAUCAUGGAGGAGGAACCACAACCUCUUAACUAUGUUCAUGAGACUGUGCUGAAGAAAAGAAAAAUCAGUGAGGAUUGGGCCAUUAAGAGAAGGGAGCUUCUAGCAGAGAAAAAGAGAAGUAAGAAAGAGAGAAAUAAGCAUCCAAUUAAGAGGCCUGAGGAGUUUGUCAAAGAAUACCGAGACAAGGAGUUGGACUUUGUCCGCAUGAAGCAAAGGGUAAAACUUCGGAAGUUGCCUAAUGAAGCCGUGAAAGCCGUGAAAUCUAAGCUGCUUUUUGUCAUUAGGAUCCAUGGAUCAAAGGAUAUGCAUCCACAAACAAGAAAAAUCCUGAACAAGUUGCGGCUUGUACAGAUAUUGAACGGUGUGUUUCUCAAAGCCAAUGAAGCAAAUUUGAGAAUGUUAUUGAGGGUGGAACCAUUCGUCACUUAUGGUUACCCCAACCUGAAAAGUGUCAAGGAGCUUAUCUACAAAAAAGGCCAUGGAAAAGUAGACAAGGAAAGGACUCCUCUAACAGACAACAAUGUCAUCGAGCAGGCUCUCGGUCAGUAUGGUAUUCUCUGUAUCGAAGACAUCGUGCAUGAGAUAGCUACAGUUGGAUCACAUUUCAGGGAGGUUACAAGGUUCUUGUGGCCAUUUAAGCUCAAGUGCCCAGAGAGAGGUCUUCGGAUGAACAAAAAGCUCUACAAACAAGGAGGGGAUUCAGGCAACCGUGAAGAUCAAAUCAAUGAGCUGAUUGAUAAACUGAACUAGGGGGCUGAGUCAGCCAAUGGUGGUGGUUGACAAACUAAUUGCACCAAAAUUCGCAAUAUCGGUAGUUAAAAAUAUUCAGUUCCAUGCUACUCUCUCUUAUUUUCUGCAUCCUACUUGAACAAAUUUUGCAAGUAGUUUGGUAGAUAGCUAUAGAUUGCGUUCAAUAUGAUAUUUUUCUUCCAAAAACAUUUAACCUUGCUAUAA